AUGAAGUGGGCUUUGGUGCUGCUGGGCCUGGUGGCCCUGUCUGAAUGCAUUACCAAGAUUCCUCUGAUCAAAGGAAAAUCAAUGAGGCAGGCCCUGAUAGAGGCAGGGAAGCUGGAGGAGUUCUUGGAGAAAUACCCCUACGACCUGACGUCCAAAUACUCCAGCUUUGCCUCGAACAUGCCGAUGUACAACUACAUGGAUAUUGAAUACAUCAGCGUCAUCACCAUCGGGACUCCGCCACAGUCCUUCAAGGUUCUCCCAGACACUGGAUCCGCUAACCUCUGGGUUCCAUCUGUCUACUGCAACAGCUACGCCUGCUCAAACCAUCAGAAGUAUAACCCUUCCCUGUCCUCCACCUUCCGUGCCCUGAACACCCCUGUUUCCAUCAGCUACGGAACUGGGAGCAUGACCGGAUUCCUGGGCUAUGACACAGUCAAUGUUGGUGGCAUUGUUGACACUAACCAGGAGUUUGGCCUAAGUCAGACAGAGCCUGGCUCUUUCCUGUACUACAGUCCCUUUGAUGGUAUUAUGGGCCUGUCCUAUCCCACCAUUUCUGCCUCUGAUUCCACUCCUGUCUUUGACAACAUGAUGAAGCAGGGCCUGGUGUCCCAGGAUCUUUUCUCCAUCUACCUUACCCGCAAUGGAGCCUCGGGGAGUGUUGUGACCUUUGGUGGAUAUGACUCCAACUACUUCACUGGGCAGGUCAACUGGGUGCCUGUCACCUAUGAGGGCUACUGGCAGAUUGCCAUUGAGAACGUGAUGGUGAACGGUCAGGUGGUGGCAUGUGCACAAGGCUGCCAGGGCAUUGUGGACUCUGGGACAUCUCUGAUCGCUGGGCCUCCCUCUGAAAUCAGCAUCAUCCAGCAGCAGAUCGGAGCCACCAUUGGCAGCAACAACCAGUAUGUCAUCAACUGCCAGAACAUGGGCAGCAUGCCUGACGUCACCUUCACCAUCAAUGGUGUUCAGUACACACUGCCACCCAGCGCCUACGUCAGACAGUUGUAUGGUGGCUGCUCCAGUGGUUUCCAGUCCAUGAACCUGCCCUCAGCACAGGGAGACCUGUGGAUCCUGGGAGAUGUCUUCAUCAGGGAGUACUAUGCCAUCUUCGACCGAGGGAACAAUGUGGUGGGGCUGGCCACCGCUGUCUGA